AUGCCCUCUUCUUCAUCACAACCCUGGCCCGUCAAGCAAUACACCCCACGCCACCAGACCUGGCCCUACAACCCCUCCGACUUCACACGACAAGACUCCACUCCCGACGCUGCCUUCUACAGCGUCCCGCGCUUCGUGACACACAUUGACGACGCGGCCAUUGCCACACUCGCCGCCUACUACGACGCGGUGCUGCCGAAGAAGGGCAAAAUUUUGGAUUUCUGCAGUAGUUGGGUCAGCCACUACCCGCCCUCCCUCGAGCAGGCGGCUGCCCGCGGGGAAGUGCAAAUCACCGGCAUGGGCAUGGUGCAGGCCGAAUUGGACGCCAACGAGGUCCUGAACCACGGCCGUCUGCUGCAGGAUCUCAACGAGGACGCGGAUCUCCAUGCGGCACUCGUCCGGCAUGGAUGUCUACCCACCACGGACGAUUCGCCGGAUUCCGGAAAACUAGACGCCUCCACCAACGUCGUCAGUACGGAUUACCUGACGCAGCCCGUCGCGGUGCUGCGCAGCCUUCGAAAGGCCACGAAGCCCGGGGGCACGGUGCAUCUGAUCGUCAGCAAUCGCUGCUUCCCCACCAAGGCCAUCAGCCGGUGGCUCCGCGCGUCCGAGGGGGAGAGGUUGGAGAUGGUGGGGGAUUUCCUGUUCUUCGCGGGGUGGAAGAAGAUUGAGAUUGUCGAGUUGAGUAAUGGGAUGACGGAGACGGAGGAGGGGAGUGGGGCGUCUGGCGCUGCGCAGGGCGGGUUCCAGGGGUUGAUGGGCAUGUUGGGGAUGAUGAAUAGGAGGGACCCGUUGUGGGCUGUGAGAGCUGUCAAGGAGUGA